AUGUCGAUCAUACCUCAGGGUGAGGUGGCGCGGGAGAGCGGUGGUGAGUCGUUCCUGUACCCGCAGUUGACGGCGACAAACUACACGAGAUGGGUGAUUCGCGUGCAGGCGAUGAUGGAAGAUCAAGGUGUCUGGGAGGCAGUCGAGCUGGCGGUCGGUGAGGCCGUUGACAAGAAGAAGGACAAGAAGGCGAAGUCACAUCUCUUCCAAGCGCUCCCAGAGGAUCUCCUGAUGCAGGUGGCAAGAAAAAAAACUGCGAAGGAGGUCUGGGAUUGUCUCAAGACAAGGUUCGUCGGUGCGGAUCACGUCAAGAAUGCGCGGCUGCAGACGUUGAAGAGCGAUUUCAAUGCUAUGUGCAUGCAGGAGGGAGAGACGCUGGACAAGUACGCUGGAAAGCUCAACUUGUUCGACACCGUGCUGGAUCGAUUCCUGAGUGUGAUCGCUGGGAUCGAGCAGUUCUAUGACCUCGACAAGAUGUCAUUCGAGGAAGCCGUGGGGCGACUUAAGGUGUUUGAAGAACGUACUCGCCCGCGUGCAUCCAGUGGCAAUAGCAUCAGUGACAACCAACUCCUGUUCACUCAGGCCGAGUGGCAAGCGCGGCAGAAGAAGGAUGGUAGCAACUCCUCAUCAAGCAAUAAGGGAAAAUCCCACCUUGCUGCAGAUUGCAGCAACCGCGGCCGGGGUGGUCAUAGACGCGGCAGAGGCCGUGGCAGAGGUGGUCACGGCGGGAUGUCGCACAAUGACGAGGAGAGCGGCUCGGGCGGUAGUCGCCGUAACAAGAGCCACAUCAAGUGCUACAAGUGCUACAAGAUGGGGCACUACACGAACGAGUGCAAGGCUCAAGGAAGAUGA